AGAGAGAGAUGGAGUGAGAGAGAGAGAAAGGAACAGAUACUCGUAAGUUUUUGAAAUUUCAAAAGGAAAACACUUUUGUGUUCAGGGAGGAAAUCAUAAGGCAGAGUUGUUGUCUCAAGAACACCCCAAAAAAUGGGAGAAGUGAUAUUGUAUAUGGAUGAUUUGCAAUCAAGCUCUGCUAUAUCUCACUGUAGAAUUUGCCAUGAAGAAGAAUUUGAAAGCUCCAAGACCCUUGAAGCUCCUUGUGCUUGUUCUGGAACUGUCAAGUUUGCGCACAGAGACUGCAUACAGAGAUGGUGUAACGAAAAGGGGAAUACCACCUGUGAAAUCUGCCUCCAGAGAUACGAACCAGGAUACACGGCACCUUCAAAGAAGACUCAGUUCAUUGAUGCCAUGACUAUAAGAGAUAGCUUGCGAAUUUCAUUAAGUGAAGAAGAAACAGAAGAUGAGAGAUCAAGGAUUAUUAUCCGUGAAGGAGUUGUAAGAGUGUCAGAGGCUGAGUAUUCACAAUGCAUAACAGCUGCUGAUAGAAGUGCCUCCUGCUGGCGUUCUCUGGCUCUUACUUUCACUGUUGUUAUGCUGGUGAGACAUACUUUUGCUGUGCUUGCUGGGGAAACACAAGACUAUCCAUUUACGCUGCUAACCGUACUUAUUCUCAGGGCUAGUGGUAUUCUUCUUCCAAUGUACAUAAUGAUUAGGGCAAUUGGGGCUGUUCAUAGAAGCAUCAAAAGACAAAUUCAACAAAUCCACGUAAUUGAUUCUGAUGAUGACACAUCCAACUUGGGGGAUGAAGAUGACAAUGACAAUGAGUUGCAACAGACAGUUUAAGAUUAUCUUGAUACGUCCCCCCAUUACUUUAAUUUGUGCACUCAAUUAUCUAUUCAUCUUGUCAAUGGUCCACCAUUUGUGGCCAUGAAUGAAAAGCAAAGGAAAUGAAAUAUACAAAUUUUUUCAACAAA